AUGCUUCGGCGUCGUGUGACCUCGCGCCACAAACGCCACAUCUUGAGCUGCCACCGCCACCGGCGCUGCCACCAGCGCUGCGACCGGUGCGCGUGCUGCCUCUCCGACGGGACUCCGUAUAAAGUAAUGACUCCGUUUUGGUCACCGGUACCGAUUCACCAGCAGAUACAAUACGCUGCGCACUCUCCACAGCGCGCGCUAGAUCUACAGCUCGGGUCAGUU